CUUAACUGACAGCCGCCGACAGAUUUCCCCAACCGGCAAAGCUGCCGCACGCCACCGCUACCUGAAUAUUACUAUUGUUCAACGUCAUGGCUGUGAAAAAAGUAAAAAUGCUCGAUGGAAGUAAGAAAGGUGAAGAAUCACAUUGUGCGGAAGUGGACCGAAUCUCGAAAUUAUCGGAUUCUAUAAUCCAUCAUAUCCUCGCUUUUCUUCCUGCCGUUGAUGUAGUUCGGAUGAGCCUUCUUUCCAAGCGCUGGAGACGCAUGUGGUAUUCAGUGCCAACAUUGAAUUUCUGUGACUUGAUUGUUCCCUGGCAUUGUCAUAAAGCGCGGUUCAAUAAGUUUGUAGACAACUGUUUGAAAUACCGCGAGAUAGGUAUGCGCUACAUUGCUGAUUCAACCAUAACUCGAUUGGAGCUCGUUAUACUUUACGAUGGUGACAACGCUAAUCUGGAUAAGUGGUUGAAUUUUGUGGUUGUUAAGAACAAAGUGGAAGAAUUAGACCUUUUUAUAAGGCCAAUUUAUGGCCAUAGAGGACGCUACUGUGUGCCUAAGGCCGUACUUAACGCACAAUCCUUGACUCUUCUAAAGUUGGAUGGUCUGAAAGUGAAGAGUCCUCUUCUAGUAAGCCUUCCAUGCUUGAAGCUUUUGUCCUUAAGAGAAGUUAGUGGAUUGAAUGAUCAUUCAUUGGAAGAUCUGGUUGCGAAUUGUCCUUCUCUUGAGAAAUUGGUUGUAAGUUACUGUGGGGACUUGUCAACUCCUCAAGUUUCUUCCUCGAGCCUGAAGUCGUGUCAAGUCGAACUUGAGUCUCAUCAAAGAAUCGAAAUUGAAGCUAUUAAUCUUGAGUCUUUGCAUUUUCGGGGUACUAAAAGGCAGAGCUGCGAAACUAGUCUUGCCACUUGUAGGAGCCUCAAGAGUCUUUCCUUGUUUGAAGUUGAACUAGAUGGCCGAUGGUUGGAAGACUAUAUCUCAGAACAUACCCUCGAGAACUUGACUAUAAGUGGAUGUCUUGGAUGGAAACACAUCAAAAAUAUCAGAAGUCGGCAUCUGAAGAAUUUGGUUCUUUCGCAAAAAUCCAUAAAGGAAGUUGACGCUAUUAUAAUCGAUGCAGUAAAUUUAAUUUCUUUUACCUAUAACGCUUAUAACAUGAAAAGGUUCUUUAACAUUUCUUUGAACUCCCCAAAUCUGCUGGUUUGCAAUGUAAAACUUCUAUGCGAAUGUUGCACCUAUGAUACAAGCUGGUAUGUCAGUCUGAUAUGCUUGCUAUCAAAUCUGCAUUGUUCCACGAAUAUGUGCCUCCGUGUGUACUCAGAAGAGGCUCUCAUCUUUCCAAAUGAGUUGAGAAGCUUUUGUCGCUCUCUCUUGCUUGCCGUAGAGCAUCUGAAGGUCAAGACGCUCCAUCCAUUGUCGAAGAGCUCCGAUCUAAGGGAUGCCAUGUACUGGCUUUCACCUUCUCUGAAGUCGUUAUCUGUGGAACAGCUCAUUCUCAUCAUCACCACCAUCGCAAUGGACAUGAUCUCUUUAGUUUUCGGCCGACAAAGCUAUUUAUCUUCGGAGACUCGUCAUAUAACAUAUAUUGCUAACUACUGA